CGAAGAGGAAGAGACGAGCUCUGAACUGCUGUUUCAAAACCAAAGAUUUGCAGCGUUUUUGAAGCAUCAGUUUUUUAAAACGAUCACAAUUUACAAGUACAUCCAUGCAUUCAGAGCAGCAGGGAGAGCUGAAGUCUGUAAAGACAGAGUUUACUGAAGAUUACAGCGAGAACAUGAGUGAUCCAGAACCCUGCAGAGUGAAGCAAGAAGAUAAUGAAGAACCAAGAGACCUGAUAAAAGAUAAUGAGGAGAGUGAAGAAUUAAAUGAAGUGGAGGAGAAACAUCAUGUCAAAACUGAAGAAAAAUCUUCAAGUUGCUCACAGACUGAAAGAAAAUUUGUACUGAGAAGAAGAGCCAAGAAAAAUUUUAUUUGCCCUCAGUGUGGAAAAAGAUUCCCAAACAAACAAAAUCUUAAACGUCACACGAGAGUUCAUAGUGGCGAGAGGCCGUUCACAUGUGAUCAGUGUGGGAGUACUUUUACUGCAGCUCACGUAUUGAAGCAGCACCAGAGGAUCCACACUGGAGAGAAACCUUACAAGUGUUCACACUGUGAAAAGAGAUUCAGUCGGUCAUCACAUCUGAAAAGACAUGAGGCGAUACACAGCAGAGAGAAGCCGCACACGUGUGAUCAGUGUGGAAAUAAUUUUGCACAAGCAAACUGUCUUAAACUAUAUCUGUGCUCUCACUCUAGAGAAAGACCAUUUAAGUGUGAUCAGUGCGGUAAAACAUUUUAUAGAGCAGAACACCUGAAGAUCCACAUGAAAGUCCAUUCAAAGGAGAAGCCUCACAUGUGUUCUCUGUGUGGAAAGAGUUUUUCACACCUGGAUUAUUUUAAAAUGCACCAGAAAAGACACAGUGUUGUGAAGGAUUAUAUGUGUUUUGAUUGUGGGAAGACCUUUAUUACAUCUUCCAUAUUGAAACAGCACCAGAGGAUCCACACUGGAGAAAAACCUUACAAGUGUUCACGCUGUAACAAGAGAUUCACUUUGUCCGGACAUCUGAAAUCACACGAGAAGAUCCACACUGGAGAGAAGCCGCACACGUGUGAUCAAUGUGGGAAAAGUUUUCAAGAAAAAGGAACACUUAAGACACACAUGAAAAUCCACACUGGAGAGAAACUGCACACAUGUGAUCAGUGCGGGAAGAGCUUCACAUAUGCAAACACUCUUAAAUUACAUCUGCGUUCUCACUCUGGAGAGAGACCGUUUAACUGUGAUCAGUGCGGUAAAUCAUUCAUUUCAUCAUCAACCCUAAAGAUCCACCUGAGUGUCCAUACGAAGGAGAAGCCUCACAUGUGCUCUUUGUGUGGAAAGAGUUUUGCUCAGAUGAGUGCUUUAAAAGUACACCAGAAAAGUCACAGCGGUGUGAAGGAUCAGAUGUGCUUUGAUUGUGGGAUGACCUUUACUACAUCUUCCGGAUUGAAACGGCACCAAAGAAUUCACACUGGAGAGAAACCUUACAAGUGUUCGUACUGUGACAAGAGCUUCAAUCGGUCAGGAACUCUGAAAAGACAUGAGAUGAUCCACACUGGAGAAAAACCUUACAAGUGUUCACACUGUGACAAGAGAUUCAGUCUGUCAGAAUAUCUGAAAAAACAUGAGCGGACUCACGCUGGAGAAGAAACUUACAAGUGUUCACACUGUGACAAGAGAUUCAGGCGAUCAGGAAAUCUAAGAAGACACGAGAGGACUCACGCUGGAGAAGAGUCGCAAACGUGAUCAGUGUGGGAAGAGGUUUUGUCAUUCAGCUUCUCUACUGCGACACACUAAAAACAGAUGUGGUGUAGUGUUGGCGAACAUUGAGACGCUGCCUAUGCUGCUGUGGUGAAAUAUUGCCAGAAACCAGUAUGACAUAUAAAGGACUGUUUUCAAGGUGAUGGCACUGUGUGCAGCAAAGGCGUUUCAGGGUUAUCCUUAAAGGGUUAGUUCACCCAAAAAUAAAAAUAAUGUCAUUUAUUACUCACCCUCAUGUAGUUCUAUACCUGUAAGACUUUUGUUGUUCUUCAGAACGCAAACUAAGAUAUUUUGAUUAAAUCCACUAAUGCCAUCAAAUCUCAAGAUCCAUAAAGGUACUAAAAACAUAUUUAAAAUAGUCCAUGUGAGUUCAGUGGUUCUACCUUAAUAUUAUAAAGCAACAAAUACUUUUUGAGCACCAAAAAAACAAAAUAGUGACUUUUCAACAAUAUAGUGAUGGGCCGAUUUCAAAACACUGCUUCGGAGCUUUACGAAUCAAAUCAGUGAUUCGGUUCUCCUAUCAAAUGGCUAAACUGCUGAAAUCAGGUGACUUUUUUUAGUUCCGAAUCACUGAUUCGAUUCGUAAAGCUCCGAAGCAGUGUUUUGAAAUCGGCUCAUCACUAUAUUGUUGAAAAGUCGUUAUUUUAUCCCACGAUUUACCAUCCUAGGUGUAUAUGAUCUUCUUUCAGAUGAAUUAAAAAUAUCCUUGAGAAGAGGAGCUUGAGUUUGUUGCACAGCUCUGUUUGUUUGAACCACGAGAGGCGUCUAAGCUUACGAUACUCCUGUCCUACAUCUAUCAAGUCAUUUGGCGAAAGUCAGCUUGCACAGUAUUGCGCCAGAAGGUAGUAAUUUCAAUUUAUAAAGUUUUAUAUAUUGAUAUUUUUCUUGUCAGAAAUCCUUUAUUAACCCUCUGGAGCCGUAUGGAUUAUAUUUAUUAUGGAUGAAUCCAUUUAAAAAAAAAACAAAACUAGGAUGUCUUGAGGGUGAGUAAAUCGUGAGAUAAUUUUCAUUUUUGGGUGAACUAUCCCUUUAAUCUGUUCAUGCCUGUGGAGCUGUUUAGACUGUUCAGAGCACUUCUGAGGGGAAAGAAUAUAAAGACAUUACUGAAAAAACU